UCCGCUCGAGAGUCGAGGUUUCAGAUGAACAUGAAAGCAUGAAUGGACUUUAUUCCCAGAGUUCUGCUGUGUGCCGUUCUGUAGUCAGGUUGUAGUUUCCCCAGUGUGUGCGCUCUCGUUAGCUUGAUUAGCCCUGUGUUUCCCUGUCAGUCGAUGUUCCUGUUUCAGUUCUCCAUGUGCCUUCGCUAUUAGUGACUCUCCCCGCCAUCACUUCAGCUCUUCCUCAUGGUGUCCGAGACACACACACACACACAUACACACACUCUUACAGUGAGAGAGAGAGUGUGUGUGUGUUCCUCUCUUUCACUUCCAUGAUCCGCCGCUGACGAGACUGAGAGAGUUUGAGCCGCUCAUGAGUUGCUGUGAAGCUCGAAGUCAUGGAGUGGGACUAUUAUGUGCCUGUGCACUUACUGGAGACGCUUCACAGGCUGAAGUUAAUGAGUUCUCCCAGUCUGAGUGAUUUGGGUCGUUCAGAGAGAUCAGCGCUGGAUGACAGGAACAACCAGCAGCAGCGAGCCGGAAACAACACCACCUGGAUCAGCAUCCAUAAUGCCGUGAUCUCCGUGUUCCAGCGGAGGGAUCUGGGAGAGAACGAGCUCUACGUCCUGAAUGAAGGCGUCAGGCAGCUCCUGAAGACUGAGUUGGGCUCCUUCUUCACUGAGUACCUGCAGAAUCAGCUGCUGACUAAGGGAAUGGUCAUUCUUCGAGAUAAAAUUCGCUUUUAUGAAGGUCAGAAGCUGCUUGAUUCUCUGGCAGAAACGUGGGACUUCUUCUUCUGUGAUGUUCUGUCCACACUGCAGGCCAUCUUCCACCCUGUGCAGGGGAAGGAGCCGUCGGUCCGUCAGCUGGCUCUGCUGCAUUUCAGGAACAUCAUCACUCUGAACACGAAGCUGGAAGAAGCUCUGAGUCGACAACGCGCGUGUGUGCCUCCCUCCAUCAUCCAGAUGCUGCUCAUCCUGCAGGGUGUUCACGAGGCUAAAGGUGUGUGUAGUGAUUACCUGAAGCUGGAGUCUCUGGUCCAGAUGGUGGUUUCCCCGUAUCUGGGAACUCACGGGCUUUUCUCCAGCGACGGCUCCAUCAUGCAGUCGUCGUGUGUGUUGGAGAAGCGGCUCUUGAGGCGCUGGCCGCGCCCGGACUCGCAGCUGAAGAACCUGGUGGUUCGGUCCAAGAGCUACAACAUCCCGGUGCUGACGCCGGUGUGCGAACACGAGCCCGAGCCCGGCGGGGUGCGGCGCCACUCCGUGUGUCAGAUGACCUCGUUCGAGGAGGAGCCCGUGUUCAGCGAGGCGCCGCCCAGUCCGAUCAUGAACGUCUGUGAGGAUCCUCCCAUAAUCCCCGAGCUCUGCUCCGCUGGCGAACCGGGCCGGGCCUCGUCGUCCUCCAGUCCCGAGACCGUGGUGGAUCAGCUCCAGCAGUCCGUGGACUCCGACACCGACACCGAGGGAAUAUUCAUCCAAUUCAGCCGACAGCAGUCCAGCUCGCCUGAGGUCAGCCGGGAGAGUGAGAGCCUAGCCUGACCCCCGGCCUGCCGCCUGUGACCCCUAAACCCACCGCCCUGACCCCCGACCCACCGCCCUGACCCACCCCCCUGACUCCGCACCCUGACCCACCGCCCCCCCAAUCUGAUCCAAUCCGACCCACCGCCCUGACCCCUGACCUACCACCCUGACCCCUGACCCACCGCCCUGACCCACUGCCCUGACCCCUGACACACCGCCCUGACCCCUGAGACCCCAUGCCUGACCAUGACCCGCUGCCCUGACCCACCGCCCCCCCGAUCUGAUCCAAUCCGACCCACCGCCCUGACCCCUGACACACCGCCCUGACCCCUGACCCCUGACCCACUGCCCUGACCUCUGACACACCGCCCUGACCCCUGAGACCCCAUGCCUGACCAUGACCCGCUGCCCUGACCCACCGCCCCCCGAUCUGAUCCAAUCCGACCCACCGCCCUGACCCCUGACACACCGCCCUGACCCGACACACUGCCCGUGACUCCUGACCCACUGCCCUGACCCCUGUGACACUGCCAGUGACCCCUGAUCCACCACCCUGACCAACAUUUCACGAGACCCCUGAGAUCCCAUGCCUGACCAUGACCCGCAUGUAUCACAGCAGUUCUGCAGGCUGGGCUUUGAGAAAGGUCAUCUCUCCCGGAGAAGAUUACGAGUGACACGGUUCCCUCAUGUUUAUUGACCUCAAAUAACAGAUCAAUUCAGACGCCAGUUUUUGUGGGCAGGAACACCACACGUGAAACAAAGCGGGAAAACCCUCAAAGCUCAACAGUUUUGGGAAGUCAGUGAUGCCCUGUAGUUCACUAACCCUCACUCUAAUGGACUAAUGAACACUUCUUUAACUAUUUUAAUCACAGAAGUUCAAUAUUUGUAGGAUUUUAUCCAAUGGCGCGAGUCUUGAAGUGUUUUUCAAUAAAACAUUUGGGGACAAAAGACAAGAAAACAGGCAGGAAUAAUGAAAAGCAAUAAAGAGCAGAAGGGUUUAUAGCCGCGGUGGAACAAUCUACAUCGCUAUAUAAAUGAAGAUGACCUUGAAGUUUCUCAAGUUGAGAUUAGUAAUAUUAAUAAUGAGCUUAAAUACUCAAUAAUUAUGAGCUUCAUUUACACGGUUCAUCAGAAAUACUCUUUAGUUGUUGUUUUUGAGUUUAAGGUACGAACAGAUUUAACACGGAUUUCCUUUGCAAAAGUUACAUUAUUUUUAAAAACACUUUUUAGGAGAAACCAUUAGAUCUGCAAUCAAACUAAUUAUUGUUCACAUUUCAUGAAUGGAUUUUGAAUUAUGUAUUUUUUUUUUCAUCAAUUUGUAAACAAUAUGAAUGUUUUGGAAAUGUUGACAGCAGAUUACUAUUUUUAUUGCAAAUCUAAUUUUAAGUAAAAUAUUUUA